GCAUGGGUCAAAUUCGAUCUCAGCUCCAGAAAAGCCAAGAACAAGUUCAUAACGGAUGCACUGGGAGUCGUCGAGGCACAUUUACGUCUAUCUGACGUUGCCCGGAUAAACACCGAUAAUGGAUACAAGACAGUUCUCUCGCCUAAAUUUGCGAAGGAAAUUGCCAGAGCUCCUUCGCUCAGCUUCGGCAAGCACAUGGACGCUGAAUUCCAUACCAAUAUUCCAGCCUUUGCUCCAUUCAAACAGUUUCAUCCAGACAGCAUCUUCCUAGAGGGAAUGCUAUGGAACCGCUCUCGGAUGAGGCCUCAGUCUCCUUUCAGAGUUAUCUUUCAGAAAGCCCAGUGGCAUAAUAUUCCUCUGAAAUAUACAAUGACUAAAAUCAUAGCCCAAGUGUCAUCCAGAAUAAUUUUGGGUGAAGGUAUCUGCCGAGACCCUGAGUGGCUCCAUAUCACGACCAACUACACAGUGGACGCUUUCAGGGCGGCAGAAGAACUGAAACUGUGGCCUAAGGCUUUUCGCCCCGCGGUUGCUCGAAUGUCUGGGUCCUACCGGAAGGUUCAUAAAGGGUUUCAAGCUGCGAAAAACAAAAUUGGCCCUCUAUUAGAGAAGAGAUAUAACGAAAAAGCUAAAGCAUUACGAGAAGGGGGGUGA